AUGUUGCCAUUUCCCAGCAGACUUAACAAAGGCAUGCAACCUUUAACUCAUGAUUUGAAACGCCCCAAUCCGAUGCAUCUCAAAGACAUUUAUCCAGAAUUCAAGACACGACAGACAAGAUGUCUGAGUCCUUGCGGCAAUAUGGCAUUAAAGCGCCUGGAAAAGACUUGUCAUCACUGUUCCGCAAACCUUGCAAUAUCACAACCUUUUCUCCCUGCAUUGAGGAGGCCAGAUCAGGCAUGUAUUUCCGGUCCCACUAAAGGGCCCAUUCAGGGAGGCUUUUCGUCCACUCCUCAGCCAGCCAGAGUAGUCGGUAUGCGACAAGCACAACUGAAUGAAUGGCUACCGGCCAGUUCAUCGGGAGAUGAUGCCGAUCGGAUUAGGACGUCAACUGUUUGGAGGACCACGAAUUGCGAGGGCUGUCUGCCGAUAAAUCGUCUUCCGUGCAACUCAUAUCUUCCCUCUCGAAGAAAACCCCUUGCUUCGUCCGAAGUAUGCGCCUCCAAGCCCGGCAGACUGAGCUGGCAAGGAAGCAAACAUGGGUCACUGGGUCACGCAAUCUCGACUAAGCGGCCAAUGAAGAAUGAACAUGCAGGUCAUGAUGACAUUGUUGCUACGACGAAGCCAGCUAUAGGCUCCUUGAUGUCAGCCUGGCCGAGACGGCCUAGCGUUCGCAAGUAG